UGCGAGACGACAGGAAACCAUAUUCGUGACACUUGUUUCCUCUUUUUCCACUGAUGUGUCACAGUCGCUUGCUUCAGAGCAACUGUAUCAGGUUUAGGCACUCUCAGUGAAACCUGUGUUAACUUAGAGAUGAGAAGGAAAGCAAAAGGAUUGAUCUGUUUAAGGAUGGUAGACUUAUGGUGCCAAAAGUGGAACCUUCUACUAUUGUUUUGUCUCAUUGGACUCCUGCAGUGGGACCUGUGCAGCGGUCAGCGUCUGGUCCAGAUCCAGGAAGGUCCUCUGUAUAGAGUAAAAGGAUAUCCCAUCUUCAUAUCCUGUAAUGUUAGUGGGUUUAAAGGCUCACCACUGCAGGAUUUUCAAUUCAUUCUUAAGAAAGGAAAUAUCGAUAUAAAUAUGAUCAGCACUUUUGACACAGACUUUCCCUACAGAAUGUACUCUGAUAGGGUAACAAAUAAAGAUAUUGAGAUUCAAAGGUUGUCAGGAUCUUCAGUUCUCUUGAGGAUCAAUGAUUUGAUGGAGGAGGAUGCCGGGGAUUUGUUUUGUGAGACGCCAAACACAGAUGGCAGUUACUUUGGAAGUUAUGCUGCCGAAACAAAGCUUAAUGUGAUUGCAGACACCCUGGAGGCAUCAUACUCUGGCUCUCCUUCUCAGAGCUUGUCUGAAGGUGAUCCUCUUCAGCUUGAGUGUCAGGUCUUCAGCCAGACUUUUCAACAUACUCAUCUGUCGGUCACCUGGUUUCUCCAUGGUGAAGAAGAUGAAAACCCCCAGCCAGUCAUUACUCUGGACAAAGAUCUGACUGUAAAGCCAGGAGCUGGAUUUGAGGAUCGCUAUGGUUCUGAUCUUAUCAGCAUGGAUAAGGUGGAAGACACAACCUACAGACUGAAGAUGUCUCAAGUACAGCAGUCAGACCAAGGCAAGUUCUUCUGCAAAGCCAUUGAGUGGAUCCAAGACCCAGACCGCUCCUGGACACAGAUUGCCUACAAAACCACCCCAGCAUGCGACGUGGAGAUCAAAUUACUUGUGGCCCCUGAUGUGGGCUCGUUCAGUGUAAAUCUGAAGGUUUCAAAGGGGCCAUUAAAGGAGGGAGAUACACUAGACAUCCGUUGCAGUGUGAAUGCACAAAACCUUCCUGGUCAUUUCUUCUCUGUGACUUGGCUGAAGAACCAGCAGAAAGUGGCCCAGAUUGGAUCUUCUGGGGUGCUCACGGUCUCUGACAGUUACAAAGAGAGAGAGAAUGCAGCAGAGAUGAAAGCAGUGAAAACCAGCCAGAUGGACUAUCUGCUGACCAUCCGUUCGGCUCGGACUGAGGACCAGGGACAAUACCAGUGUGAAGUAUGGCAGGAAAACAUGAAUGAAGAUGGCAUCUUCACAAAAAUACAAAAAAAAAUGUCCAGUCCAGAGACUGUGAGCAUCACAGCUAAAGAGAGUGAUCUGGCGGUGUUGAUGGUGAUGAAUGACAUGGUGACUGAGGGAGAUGCACUACGGGUCACCUGCUCAGUGACGGGGUUCAAAGGUCCUUUAUCAGUGUCAUGGCAACACAAGAAAGACUCCGGGGUUUCCUUCAGUGAUGUCAUUAGUCUGACCCAUGAGGGAGUGAUGAAAGAUGUUGGGGCAAGAUAUCAGAGAAGAAAUAUCCAAACACUUCAUUCUCCAGCUGGAAACUUUACUCUGGAGAUUGGUGCAGCUGCAACAUCUGACAGCGGCGAAUAUAAGUGCAUUGUGUCUGAAUGGACAGUACAGAGCAAUGGAGAGAUGAAGAAAGCCAACACUCAAUCUCAGGAAAAAGCCAUUCCAGUGAAUUCUGUUGAAUCUCUAAUGAGGAUGAGCUUAAAAAGUCGUACAACAAAUGUGCCAAUAGAUUCUCCAGUAGAGCUGCUAUGCACAAUCAGAGGGCCUAAGGCGUCUUUGGCUAUACGCUGGAUGUUUCAGCCUCACAAUUCAACUGUUCAAACAAACGUUUUAUCCAUACGCCACACUGGAGAAAUGACCUGGACAGCAGAUCAGAGAAACUAUCAGCUGUCUAUUCAAGCUCAGCCGACAGAGACUCGUUUUAUUCUCAUGAUUCCAAGAGUCAGCAAGAAACAAGAAGGACAGUACCAGUGUCAAGUUGAUGUCUAUCAAAAUGAGGUUCAGAAAGCAGAGAAAAUCUCCAACUCGUUAGCUGUGACUGUACAAAAACCAGUCAGCAAGAUGAGACUGAACCCACCCACCCCUCAUCUGGAAACCACUGUCAACACUGAUGCAAAGCUUGAAUGUUCAGUCACGAAGACAACCACAAAUACCUCUCGUUUCACAAUAACAUGGAUUGGGUCCCAGAUGCUCUUAACUAUGGACUUAGAUGCUGUUGUCAAGUUUGGCCCUGCAGCUGGCCUAGAGAUGGACCAGAGGAUCCGUAUGGACAUAAGAGAGAAACAGAGCUUCCAGCUGAAUAUACAACAGACCAGAACAUCUGACAGUGGGAAAUAUGAUUGUGAGGUGGAAGAGUGGCUUCAGGAUCCUGUUGGUGACUGGUAUUCCCUGAAGAAAAUGUCUGUUUCCACAGAGCUGGUUGUCAAACAGGAAGCCAGUGAUUUCAAAAUGAAUAAAGCUAGCACUCAGCUGACGGUUGGAGGAAAGCAGCUAAAAUUGAAAUGCUCAGUGGAUGGUAUUGUGUCUGAUUCCACCUUUCGUUACUCCCUUAACUGGGUGUUUGACCGAUAUCAGUCCUCCAGUGUGCCACUUCUGACAUAUAGCCAUGAUGGCCGUCUGAACUACAACAGUUAUGAUUCAGAGCUUGAGAGACGACUCCACUUCUUCACCCCAGAAUUAGGAAUCUUUUACUUGAAUAUCCAUAGAGCUAUAGAGGAAGACACGGGGCGCUACUACUGCCAAGUUCAACAGUACCAGCUGGAUUGUAAAGGCAAAUGGUCACUUAAGGCAAGUGACAAGUCAGGUUUUACCAGUGUUACUGUUCAGCUUACAGAGAGCAAACUGCUUGUUCACAAGGAAGAAAAAAGCCUGAAAGCCAUUCUUCAUGCGGGGUUUACCAUUGACUGUGUCAUUGAAUCACGGUCCAGUGAUGCAUCUUUGUUUGAGGUGACUUGGUCCAAGGCUCAGAGAGGUGAACCACCUGUCAUCAUUUUCAAUGCCAGCCGUGAUGGUACCUUACAAAGUACAAUCAAUGAUAAAGAUCUGGUGUUUGGACACCCAAAAGCCAUGCACUAUAAGCUGACAGUGCCAAACGUCAACCCCACUGAUACUGGCCUGUACCACUGUCAGGUUGUUGAAUGGAUUCAGACAGCUGCAAACAAGUGGAGAAGGUUAGGUGAAGACAAGUCUGGGGUUUUAUCUGUCCAGGUGGAAACUGAGGGGGAAAAAAAUGGCAGUUUUGCCAUGGUCAAGAAUGCCAAGGAUCUUGUCAUCAAAGAAGGAGAGCAGUUUGAUCUUGAGUGCUCUCUGGAUGUAGAAAAUGAGAACCCUACUUAUCAAUACAGUCUCAGAUGGGUAUUUAAUAGACCAGAGUCAACUAGCGGGAUACCAUUAUUGUCCUACUCUCAUGACGGUCGCCUACAGUACAAUACAGAGUACCAGGACAGGUUACGCUUCUCUAGACCUUCUUCUGGUACUUUCCGUCUGGAAAGAUUAAACUCUAAUAUAGCUGAUAGUGGAAGCUACCAGUGUAGAGUUGUGCAGUACCAGCUUGAUUGUGAAGGCCAGUGGAAACAAAUGGCAGAAGACAAAUCAGGCUCAACUAUAGUCACAGUUCGCAAUAUCGAAAGUAAACUGCAUGUUCAGAAGGAGAACCGAAUACUCAACAUUACCAAACAUCAGGCUGAGUUCACCAUUGACUGUGUCAUUGACUCACAAACCAGUGAUAAGUCUUUCUUUGAGGUCACCUGGUUCAAAGUUCAGGAGAAAAAAGGACCAGUCACCAUGUUCACCGCCAAGCAUGAUGGGACUUUACACACUGCAAUUAGUGAAAAAAAUCUUCUGUUUAGACGACCACUAGCCACACAAUAUAACCUGACUGUGCCACAGAUCAGCCCCUCUGAUAUGGGGAAAUACUACUGUCAGGUUGAGGAGUGGCUUCUAACUGAUAACACCUGGAUGAAAUUAGGUUCUGAUAGAUCUGGAGAGCUCUCCAUCUAUGUUCAGACUGAAGGUCUUUCUGAAAAAACAACAGACCCGUUGGUGCCGGCACUGUGGGUUACUAUUCCUCUGAUUUGCUUUCUUGUAUUGGUCAUAGUAUUGUUGUUGAAAAGGGAUCAAAAGAGGAAUUCUGAACUAAAGAAGAAGAAAGACUGUCUAUGGGCUGAAAAUAACCCCCUCAGUCCCAUGCUUGAGGUGGAAGAGGAUUGCUCCUAGUCUGUCGGUACACAUAUCUAGCUUAUUUAACAAAGUUAACUUACCCCUAAAUUUAAGGAUAAUUCUGACCAGACUGUCAUUUGAUUUGUAUUGCUUUAACUAUAUUUAUUAUAAGAGGCUAGAUAAGUACAGUAUUUAAACCAGUGGUUCUAAGCUGGUUUCUAUUAGGCCUUGAUAUCAAGUGGUGACCAAACGCAAAAUCUUACCAAACUAAACAAGCAUGUCCGUUUUUAUGACCAUGACAGAUUUAAUGAGCUCGUCUUUGAAGUUUGAGUUAGGAUUCAUACUCAACAUGUUUCAUGCCUCCUAUAAGUUGCAUUUUAUCUCGCUUAGUUUUGUUCUUGGGUUUUUAGGGGAUGAAAAUGUCAUGCAACCUGCCUAAUGUUAAUUUAAGCGAA